UUAACUCUGCUCCCCCUCAAGCUUUUGUACAUUUAAAUAACAAUACUAAAUAAUAGCAAACUACAGUCUGACACCCCACUUAAUAUAUUUUUGGAGGUAUCUACAGUCUCUGAGGUCUUCACUGUCCUGAGGUGUUUCUGUAAACUUGCUGAAUAGCAUACAGACGAGAUGCAGUACUGCAGCACACGUGGAGGGGUUCACGGCUGGAACUUUCACGACGUCCUCUUCUCAGGCUAUGCUCCAGACGGAGGCAUGUUCAUGCCUGAGACCAUUCCCUCGAUCUCCCCUGCCACUCUCCGAUCCUGGUGCUCUCUGUCCUACCCUCAGCUUGUGUGUGAAGUGUGUUCGCUCUUCAUCCCUGAGCAGCUCAUCCCAAAACAUGACUUGGAAGGCCUUGUGUCCAGUGCUCUGUCCAAGUUCUCCGUACCGGAUGCAGUGAAGAUGGUGGGACUGAAAGGCUCUCUGUCCAUCUUGGAACUGUUCCAUGGAGAGACGCUGGCUUUUAAAGAUCUGGCCAUGACCUGCUCCACACGCUUUAUGGAGUACUUCCUGCGCAAGGACAACAGACGUGCCAUCAUCUUAGUGGGGACCUCUGGGGACACCGGAGGCUCCGCCAUCAGCAGUGUGUCUGAUCUUAGUUCGGUGGACAUAGUGGUGGUUUUCCCCCGUGGACGAAUUACUCGUGUGCAGGAGAGACAGAUGACCACUCACAUGGAGGACAAUGUCCAUGUUUUUGCAGCGGACGGAAGUUCGGAUGAAAUCGAUGUGCCUUUGAGGAAGCUGUUUGCCGAUCAGGACUUGGUGAAUCGUUACGUUCUGAUGAGCCUGAACUCAGUGAACUGGUCACGCAUCCUGGUGCAGCUGGCGCAUUUUAUAUACGCCUAUCUGCAACUGAGUGGAGUCCAGUAUACAGAGGGAGACAAACUACCUACUCUGGAGGUAGUGGUGCCCACAGGAGGGGCAGGAAAUAUAACAGCUGGAUGCAUCGUAAAGCACAUGGGGGUUCCUUUGCACCUCGUGGCCACGGUGAACUCUAAUGAUAUCCUGCACCGUGCAGUUCAGACUGGAGAUUUCUCCAUGGCCGACAGUGUCAAGCAAACUCUGGCUCCAGCCAUUGAUAUUCAGGACCCUUAUAACAUGGAGCGUGUGUUCUGGCUGUUAUCUGGGAGAGAUGGUGCUCUAGUGAAGAAGAUGAUGGAGCAUUUUCAGGACACACAUACGCUGACGCUACCUGAAAACCUUCAUAAAAAGUUGUGUUCAGCCAUGUCCUCAGGUUCUGUGUCCGAUGAGGGAAUAAUGGAGGCCAUAAAGAGGUGCUGGGAGGAAAAUCAGUAUCUGGUGUGUCCUCAUACAGCAGUGGGAGUCUGGCAUCACUACCACUGUCCUGUCCGCAAGGGCGAGAACAGGUGCUGCAUUGCAACAGCCUCUCCAGCCAAGUUUCUCGAAGUGGUCCAGAAAGCGGGCCUGACCGUUGAGCUCCCCGAAGCGGUGAGGCAGCUGGAGAAGAUGGAGACACGCUGUAAACAUCUGGAGCGAAGUGAUAACUGGGAAACUGCACUAAGAGAGCGCAUUGAGGCUAUCGGCUCUGCACGACAACAGGGAGCGCCGUUUUAUACAUUAUAGGCAUGAAAAUAUUAAGGUUGUGGGUUGAAAUCCCCAUGUUAGGGCGCAAAUACUCUUACAUUUGGAUAAAAAUGUAAUCAAAGUGUAAUGCAACUUUAAUUUUAAAAAAAAAGUUUAAAUGAAUUUUCUCUUACUUUGAAAGAUUGUUCUAAUAUAAGUGCAGUCCUGAAUGUUUUCAAAAGGGUCAGUCUGGACUUAUCAGACCACAUGAUCUUUUUCCAAUGCUCCGAAGUCCAAUCCUUAUGCUCCCUUACAAAUCGAAGCCUUUUUUUCUGAUUAGUUUUAUUUAUACAGUGGGGCAAAAACGUAUUUAGUCAGCCACCAAUUGCGCAAGCUCUCCCACUUAA